UCCCAGAUGAUGCGCCUGGCACUUUUGUGUUUUGCUUGUCUCCUAGUUUCUACUAUUCCGAGUUCAGGAAAAGCACUUGAGGAACAAAUGACAUUUAUCUCUCACAACUCCAACAGAGGCACAGAGAGGAAAUCCUUGACAAAAGAUACCGCCUACAAAUCUCUUACAGCUGCUCAGUUGAAUAAGAUGCUAUCCGGAUGUCCAUCGUCAAUGUAUCUGGAUAUGGUUUCUCAUAAAUGUGUCUCAUCUUGUCCAGAUUCAACGUAUUCUUAUAAUAACCUUUGUGUUGAAACAUGUCCUCCACAAUAUCCGGCAAUUGAUGCAUCCUCUCGCAAAUGUCUUGCUACUUGUCCUCAAGACAAACUAGUUUACUUGGUAGACAAUAUCUAUGUUUGCGUUGAUUCGUGUCCUCCAGGUUACAAUUACAUUCAUGGUCAACAAUGUCUUCAAACUUGUCCUCCCUACACGAGUGCCCAUAUCCAUUGUUAUACGACGGGAAUUACUGCAGAAAUGCUUGCCUUCCUAAUCAGUUCCAGAAUGGUCGCAACUGCACCAGUCAGUGUCCUUCAGAUACGGUUUAUAACGGAAGGAUCUGUCAAGGAUCUUGUCACGAGAAACUUACUGAAGUUGUUGGUACAGUUGGAGGGCAACAUGCCAGAAUAUGCGUUCAAAAUUGCUCUUCUUCGAAACCAUUGUUAUUCGGAACGGUAAGAAUCAGGGAUAUUGAAUAAUGAAUAACCCAUUUGUUUC